CUCCUACAUUUUGUAGCCGACGAAAUUUCGUUUGUUGCCAACAUCUCACCAACGGCGACGCUGCAGCAGCCCUCUUAUGUUCCAUUUCUUCCUGUUUCUACUUUCCUUUUAUUAGUUUUGAAGGUUGUGAUGUCGGCCCCAAAAAUCAUCAUACAAAUUCUCGUCACAGGUGCACAAAUUUUCGGGAAGGCACUUUUUGAAGCCGGGAAGCAGGCAGCUAAAAACGCAAAGCACACCCCGCAAGGCGCAAUAGGAUCAGAUAUUGCGGGCGUUCGUAAUGCUACCUCUGGCUCUUUGACGGAUAAACUUACCCGAGAACACCGCAUGACACUGGAUGAGGCUCACCUCAUUCUGAAUCUGAAGAAUGGAGAAACCCUUGAGAAUGUGUUGAAGAAUUAUGAACACUUAUUCAAAGUGAAUGCUCCCCGGCCAGCCCCAGGUCCUCCGACAACUGGUGCAAGAGCGGGCAAACAACCUGCACCGCCUACGCACUCGCAUUACCUCCAGUCAAAAGUUGUGCGUGCCCGGGAGCGUAUCGAGGCAGAGUUGCGCGUCAUGAAGGAAGCAGAUUCAACGCCUCCGCCUCCCGGAGCUGCUCCCCCUUCGGGUUCAGCACAAGGGAACGCGGGAGGCUCGAGUUGACCUCUCGUGAUGAUUUAUUAUAUCCGCUUUCGAUACGUUUUGCUGAUUUUAGAGAAACUCAGAGCACAUCCCCAUUCACUCAGCAUGCUUACUGUA